CUGCCCGCCCGCGCGUUCUGUCGCUCGCUUGCUGCCCGCCCGGCUGCGGGGCGCUGUUGAGAGCGGCUGGUGGAGCGCGCUGGGCCGGGCCGGCUGGCGGGGAGGUAGUAGCUUGGGUGGCUCCGCUAGGUAGGUGGGCGGCCGGCGAGCAGGAGGGGGAGGCCGCGGCGGCCUCGGCUUCGCUCGGUCCCUCCCCCCGUCCCGAAGAGGCGGACGAUGAACAAGCUCUACAUCGGCAACCUGAGCCCGGCCGUGACUGCCGAGGAGCUCCGGCAGCUCUUCGGCGACAGGAAGCUGCCCCUUACCGGGCAGGUCCUGCUCAAGUCCGGCUACGCCUUCGUGGACUACCCGGACCAGAACUGGGCCAUCCGCGCCAUCGAGACCCUCUCCGGUAAAGCAGAGUUGCAUGGCAAAGUCAUGGAAGUGGAUUAUUCUGUCCCUAAAAAAUUAAGGAGCAGGAAGAUUCAGAUCCGGAACAUUCCCCCUCAUUUACAGUGGGAGGUACUAGAUGGUCUUUUAGCUCAGCAUGGGACGGUAGAGAAUGUGGAACAAGUUAAUACAGAAUCAGAGACAGCAGUUGUCAACGUUACAUAUGCAACAAAAGAAGAAGCAAAAGUAGCAAUUGAGAAGCUUAGUGGUCACCAGUUUGAGAACCAUUCCUUCAAGAUUUCCUACAUCCCAGACGACGAGGUGAGCUCCCCUCAGCCCCCUCAGAGAUCCCGGCGUGGGGGCCACUCUUCCAGGGAGCAGGGCCCCUCCCCUGGGGGCUCCUCGCAGCCCAAACAGCUCGAUUUCCCACUACGGAUCCUGGUCCCCACGCAAUUUGUUGGUGCGAUCAUAGGAAAGGAGGGCUUGACCAUAAAGAACCUUACUAAGCAAACCCAGUCCAAGGUAGAUAUUCAUCGGAAGGAAAACGCUGGUGCCGCAGAGAAACCAAUAACCAUUCACGCCACCCCAGAGGGGUGUUCAGAAGCAUGUCGCAUGAUACUUGAUAUUAUGCAGAAGGAGGCUGAAGAAACAAAAUCAGCUGAAGAGAUUCCCUUGAAAAUCUUAGCACACAAUAGCCUAGUUGGGAGAUUGAUUGGCAAAGAAGGACGAAACUUGAAGAAAAUUGAGCAGGACACGGGGACCAAGAUCACCAUUUCUCCUUUGCAGGAUUUAACAAUCUAUAACCCCGAGAGGACCAUCACCGUGAAGGGAAGCAUUGAGGCCUGCUCCAGUGCUGAGGUGGAGAUCAUGAACAAGCUUCGGGAAGCCUACGAAAAUGACAUUGUAGCAGUCAAUCAACAAGCCAAUCUGAUCCCUGGACUUAACCUCAAUGCAUUGGGCAUCUUCUCGACAGGCUUAUCCAUGCUCCCCUCUGGAGCUGGAGCCCGCAGGCCUGCUGUCACUGCCCCAUACAACCCUUUUGCUAGCCACGCGGCAUACCUCUCGGGCCUCUAUGGAGCCUCGCCGACUGGCGCAUACCCGCAUCAGCACUCUUUGCCAGAGCAAGAGGUGGUGAAUUUGUUCAUCCCAACACAGGCAGUGGGUGCAAUUAUCGGGAAGAAGGGCCAACACAUUAAACAGCUGGCAAGAUUUGCAGGUGCCUCAAUCAAGAUUGCACCAGCUGAGAGUCCAGAUGCCAGCGAAAGGAUGGUUAUCAUUACUGGGCCUCCAGAAGCACAAUUCAAGGCCCAAGGGCGAAUAUUUGGGAAACUGAAAGAAGAAAACUUUUUCAAUCCAAAAGAAGAAGUGAAGCUUGAAGCCCACAUUAAGGUGCCUUCCUCCACAGCAGGUCGUGUGAUAGGAAAAGGUGGCAAAACGGUGAAUGAACUACAGAACUUAACUAGUGCAGAAGUAAUUGUACCCCGUGACCAAACACCUGAUGAAAAUGAGGAAGUCGUCGUCAAAAUAAUUGGUCACUUCUUUGCCAGUCAGAUCUGCACAGCGCAAGAUCAGGGAAAUUGUCCAGCAGGUGAAACAGCAGGAACAGAAACACCCUCAGGGGAGCCCCUGCCUCGCAGCGCAGCAAAUGAGGCUCCAAGGCUAGCCAACAACAACUGAUGAAUGUAGCCCUUCCAACACCUGACCGAAUAACCAGACCAGGGAGCAAACCAAAGACUAUCUGGAGGCAUUGGAGUCUGCCCAAGAAGCUGGGGUUCUGCAGAAGACUUUCAGUACACAGGGAGUGGGAGGGGGUUGGCUUCAGCCAGCAGGGAACUGCUUCCCUCACACCACAGCCCACAUGGAGUCUGCUAACAGUAAAACGCUAUCCCUUUAGUUGGACUAACAUAGGCAAAAUCUUUUGCAGACAACCCAUCAGAAUAAUUUCUGUACAUGUGUGUACUACUAGGAAAGCAUUUUUUUCCCCACACAGUGCAUGGGCUGCUGUACAGGACAGCAUUAAUAUAUUUUAGAAUUAAUAUAGCUAACUAAACUAACUCCAGUCUUUAAUUCUUUUUUUUUAACAGUUGCAUUUUGUUUUUUAGAAAAAGCAGGCUUUUCUAGAUUAAAAAGGAAAGAAGCUAGUCCAUUAUGAAUUUCUAUCAGAAAGUAGCAUGGAGGACUUUGGAUUACCAGAGCAAAAUUUAAGUGGAAUUCCAAAGUGAACAACAUUUAGAAGGACUUUAGGAAGACCAAUGGCAGCUACAUGCCAUGUUGGGUUGCUGCCUGUAUGUGCCAACGGAAGGGAUACCGUCUCGUUAGCAGAGGAUCUCUAUGCAUUUCUUUCUCCAGCUCAUAUGAUCUUCUCUUUGCUUCAUAGAUCUCAAACUGGUUUUGCAUACACUCUCUCCUUUUGUACCACCAGACAAUGCAGUGCUCCAAGUAAACACAUCAUAGAUGCAAAAAGCACCACCCAGCCACAACUUCCACUUUGCUUAUCAAAUGCCAAGCUUCAGUUAUACCUAGGCUUCCUAAAAGGGGUGGGGGGGGGACCUUCACCCAGCUUGCAGGAAAACAGAGCACACUUGGUACAUUUUGCAUGGAGGAUGCUGCCACCAAUACUUUGGGAAGUGGGGUUUUUUAAAUGGAAUUGACAAGAUGGUGUUGGCCCAGGGCAUGAAAAUUGCAACUUUUUUUUUUUUCAAAAAAAAGAAAAGAAAACAAACAAACUACCUCAGGUGUUUUCAUACCUCAGCACCUUGCUCUUGUGUGUCCCUUUUUGAGAUUUUGUAUGCCUUGUAAAACUGAGAGUUGGAGCAUUUUUUAUUUUUUUAAUAAAAAUGAGUUGGAAAUAAAUUUAGGCAAAAGACAGCUGCCAGGUGGAAGAAAGCAUCAUUCUGCAUGAUGACUAUUCUGUAUUAUUCUUCUGCUAGAUGAGAGCAAAUGGCCUUGAAACAUAGUAAUAAUAAUAAAGGAUAGAAGUGCAAGAGACACUGGAGCAGAACUCCUGAGUUUGACAGGUUACACACACGGUUAGAGUUUUCUGUGCUAACAGAUGGAUGUUAUACUGGUUUCUGUGAACAUACCAUUGUACCAACAGACUGCAAUGCCAGCUUCUCUACUUCAAACAGUGUUCUGUGAAAAACAAAAUAUAUCCAGCUAACAAGA